AUGUCUGGAACAGGGGACCGGGAAGCUGUCUUUCCAACCCGGCAAUCGCUGGGAUUAAUGAAGGGGAAGCUGAAGGGCGCGGAGACAGGGCACAGUCUUCUGAAAAGGAAAAGUGAAGCUUUGACUAAGCGGUUUCGAGAAAUCACCAAACGAAUCGAUGAGGCAAAACGGAAAAUGGGUCGCGUUAUGCAGAUAGCGGCCUUUUCCCUCGCAGAAGUUACAUAUGCUGUUGGAGGAGAUAUCGGUUUCCAGGUCCAGGAAUCUGCGAAACAGGCACGGUUCCGUGUACAGACAAAACAAGAAAAUGUCUCUGGCGUAAUGCUGCCUCAGUUUGAGAGCAUAACGGCAGAGGGCAGCAAUGAUUUUGGUCUGACAGGCCUGGGAAAAGGAGGGCAACAAGUCCAGCGCUGUCGAGAGACAUACUCAAGGGCCGUUGAAACGCUCGUCGAACUAGCUAGCUUACAGACGGCGUUUGUGAUACUAGAUGAGGUCAUCAAAGUGGUGAAUAGACGAGUCAAUGCCAUUGAACAUGUUAUUAUCCCCAGAACUGAAAAUACUAUCAAAUACAUCAACUCAGAGUUAGACGAACUCGACCGAGAAGAGUUUUACCGACUAAAGAAGGUAUCGAACAAAAAACAGAGAGACACGACAGCCGCUGAUGCUGAAAUGAAAGCCAAACGAGAAGCAGCAGAAAAAGCUGAAAUAGCAAAUUCACAGUCAACGGAUACCACUGCACCUGCCGAUUUGCUUGGAGAACAAGGGGAUCAGGAUAUUAUUUUUUAG